UCUACCACGAUGUCUGCUGUGGGUACAAUGAGUAUUUUUGCCAUCCUACUGCUCAGUUUAGCGACACAGCAAUGCCUCGGACAAUUAGCCAAUUGCUCCAGUGCCUACGACAGAUACCCAGAAAACACUGACAUCAUUGUUACCUGUGGCCCAUCUACAAUUGAACUGACAAUUAACGCCUGCCCGGUUCAAUAUGCCUUGUUUGAUCCCAUGGAACUGGCACUUAAUGGCAAACACAUCUUCAACGUUUGCAAGGCAUCUGUAGAAAGCACUGAUGACUACCCCGUUGCUAAAUUUGUAUUCCCGAUAAAUGAUACCACAGAGAACGCUUGCGGAAACAGCAUCACAAUAGUAAAUGAGCAAGGAAGUGGGAUUUUCAGUGAGUAUUCAAACGUCCAAACCGUGGUUAUUUCUGGGUACAUAGACACCCCACCGCUAUCAGAAAAUGGACUCGUUAGCUACAGCACUGGUUUGAGCUACAACUUCUCAUGCCGCUACCCCCUGCAGUACCUGCUGAACAACACUGAACUCUUGACGUCUUCAGCAAGUGUAGCCAUAAAUACAAAUAAUGGUAGCUUCAUCAGUACCCUGAGUAUGCAACUAUUCACUGAUGAAGGAUUCCAAAGUCCUUUGCUGUUUAAUGGGACUGCCCUUCAGCUGAGGAAGAAGAUUUAUGUUCAAGUAUCUGCCGUCAACCUAACGGCAAACUUCAAUGUCCUGCUGGACCAGUGCUUUGCUACCCCAUCUCCACUGGUAACAACAUCACCUGGCGACAGAUACAGCCUUUUAACUGGGUGUAAUGUUCAGAAUAAAACUACCGUGUUUACAAAUGGUGGAGAAAAAUCAGCUCGGUUCAGCUUCGAGACUUUCCGGUUUGUCCAGCACAGCAGUCAAAAGACAUCAACCAUUUACCUACACUGCAUCACACGGCUGUGCCAGCCGGACCAGUGCGUUCAGUAUAUGCAGAGUUGCAACAAUACAUCUUUAAGUAGAAGAAAGAGGGCAGCAGACUCCACUAGCCUCUCUAGAACAACAGAUGCAGUGACUGUAUCCUCUGGACCUAUUUACACCACUGACCAAGUAGCAGUAGCUGCACAAGCCUCAAGUCAGUCUGGUUAUGUGGAAGAAGCAAAACAGCUUGAAGGGACCUUGACAGGACUUAUUGUUGGACUAAUUAUUGCUGCCAUGCUGGGUGCUGCUCUGGUGUUUGGCAGCGUGCUCCUGUUCAAAAUGUAUCGUCUUAAGGCAUCUCAGAAUGAGAAAAAUGGUGUUGAUAACUUCGCAUUUAGUGGAAAAUAAUUUUUUCAGUGCAAAUUUAGUAAUAUAUAUGAUCAGUAAUAAUUCUAAUUAAAUCUGUCAAGCUAUAAUGCUAUAAGUGCUAAUUUAAACAUUUGUUAAGUUGUAAAAAUAUGAUUGUUUUGUAUUUUAAAAAAAAAUCACUCAGGAUUAUUUUUCGUUUUGAUCCCCUAAUAAAGUUCAACUGCAUUGAGUGUGUUCUGUGAAAUUGUUG